AUGUGCUCUCUCAGUGCAGCCAAUGCCAAGUUCUGUCUUGACUUUUUCAGAGAGCUGAACAAAAGAAAAAGAAAUGAAAACAUCUUUUUCUCCCCAAUAAGUCUGUCAGCUGCCUUUGGAAUGGUUGUCCUCGGAGCCAGGGGCAGCACACUCGAGCAGAUUGAGAAGGUCUUUCAUUUCAGAGAAGUUUUGAGCAGUACGAGACAGGAAAACAGAUACCCUUCUGAGCAGGUCCAACUUUGCAUAGGAGAGCUCAAGCUUACCAUAAAACAUCUGUUUUCCUUUAAGUGUGAAGAAGAUGAAGGAGUCCAUUCCCAGUUCCAGGCCCUGUUGGCUGAAGUCAGUGAACCUGGACCAGGCUGUUGUCUCACCAUUGCCAACAGGCUCUUUGGAGAAAUUACUUACCCAUUCUUUCAGCAAUACUUGGAUUCCACAAAGAAAUUCUAUCGAGCAGAACUGGAACCAGUAAAUUUUAAAUACACUGAAGAAGAAGUCAGAGACAAAAUUAACUUCUGGGUUGAAAAUGAAACAAAAGGUAAAAUCAAAGAACUUUUUGCUGCUGGUUUUAUUGAUCCCUCUACUGUACUUGUCCUGGUCAACGCUAUAUAUUUUAAAGGAAAAUGGGCAGUAGAAUUUAAGAAAGAAGACACUAAGGAAGCAUAUUUCCACCUGAACAAGAACGAGAGAAGGAAAGUGCAGAUGAUGUUUCAAGAAGGAUAUUUUAACAUGGCCAUCAUAGAGGAACUGAAAACAAAAGUCCUAGAGCUCCAAUACUUCAAUAAUGAACUGAGCAUGUUCAUUCUUCUUCCUGAAAAUGACUGUGAGGACUUUACUGGCCUAGAACAGCUUGAAUGCGCCCUCACCUAUGAAAAACUGGCAGAAUGGACCAGCUCGUCUACGAUGCAACCACUGAGAGUGAAGGUGUACCUGCCCCAGUUCAAGAUGGAGGAAAGUUAUGUUCUCAACAACACUCUCCAGGAGAUGGGAGUACUGAAUGUUUUUGACUGGGGAAAAGCUGAUUUGUCGGGAAUCUCUAUGAAAGGUGGCUUGGUUGUGUCCAAGGCCAUCCAGAAGACAAUUGUGGAAGUCAAUGAAGAGGGCACUGAGGCAGGUUGUUCCAUGGGGCUCCUUGCAAUGCCUCUAUGCUGCCCAGAAACUUCUGAGUUCAGAGCUGACCGUCCAUUCCUCUUCUUCAUCAGACACAACCAAACCAACACCAUUCUCUUCUUUGGAAGAUAUUCCUCUCCUUAA